AUGGACAAAUUCAAGCACUGUGCUUUCCAUCAGAAAUUUGGCCACACCACUGAUGAAUGUGUGAUGGCCAAAGAUCUUCUUGAAAGACUAGCGAGACAAGGCCUAUUGGACAAGUAUGUUGACGGUCGCAUCCAACAAAGACAACCAAGGACAGGCGGGAACCAACCUGAAAACACAAAUGCACAGGAGAAGGUAAAAUAUCAACCAUCUCAGACAAGGGGUCUAAUUAGCCGUAUCUCUGGAGGAUGCUCAGGAGGAGGACUUACCAGCUCGGCAAGAAAAAGAACGUAUCGAGCAAUGUUAGUGGUGGAAGGAGUACCAUCCGAAGUUGCACCACAGUCAUCAACAUCAACUAUAACCUUUGAGCAUUCUAAUUAUCAAGCAAAAGCAACAAACUUGGAUGGUCCAGUUGUUAUCUCCAUCCAGGCUGGAAACCUUUUAGUAAGGAAGGUCUUCCUCGACCCAUGCAACAACGUCGAUGUGUUGAUUUAUUCCACUUUUCAGAAAAUGAAGCUCGCGAAAAGAUAA